AUGUACGAAGGGAUUGACAACCUGAAAUCCCUUUACGACCGUGCCGGGAAGACUUUCUCCGGCGGUCCUUCUGCGGCACAGGAUGUGCCGCGUCGUACUGCUCGACCAGACCCAGUACGUCAACCAUCAAUUGGGAGCGGGGCUCCCAAGAAUCCCAGGACGGGGGAUAGCCGCGCCACCGGACGAGGUAACUCGUCCGACGUCCGUUCACGUCGCGGUGGUUCAACAGCUGCUCUACUAGAUAGCGCUGGCCACCGCGAGAGUCCUCUAAUGGAGGUGGAGGAGGAGGAAAGACGCUCUCCACACGAUCAUGUGGAUCGGUGUGUUCCCGAGAGCUUCUUUGAUCGCGUAACGCAAGGGUUACGCGACGAUCUCGAGCAUGAGCGGAAUAGGCGUCUCCAGAUGGUGGACACUGCCUCGAAGCAUCGAGCUGAGUUUGCCUUUGCUCAGCUUGAGAACGAGAGAUCUCUGACAUCUCUUCGUGACGAGCUAAGGGUAGCUCGUGGGAUUGUUGAUCGGUCUCGGGCUGAGAUAACUGCUCUUCAGACCCUUGUUGAUGCCCACCAUCGGGAGCACAAGGCUCUCUGCGAGAUGCUUGAGCGCAAGGGCGUUCUUCAUCGGAAGAAGCAGCGUACUGAUGGUACGGCUUAA